AUGACUCCACGAGAUUUUAACAACGGAGAUUCGAACGAAGAAACUGUAUUCGAGGUGUAUACUUACACUAAAUGUGGGAGCUUAAGUCUGUCGAGUAAUGUGUCGAGUAAAGUGUCGAGUAAUGUGUCGAGUAAAGUGUCGAGUAAGGUGUCGAGUAAAGUGUCGAGUAAUGUGUCGAGUAAAGUGUCGAAUAAGGACAAGAAUAUAAACACACAUGUAGAUAAGGACAAGAAUAUAAACACACAUGUAGAUAAGGACAAGAAUAUAAACACACAUGUAGAUAAGGACAAGAAUAUAAACACACAUGUAGAUAAGGACAAGAAUAUAAACACACAUGUAGAUAAUAACAAGAAUAUAAACACACAUGUAGAUAAGAACAGGAAUAUAAACACACAUGUAGACAAGGACAAGAAUAUAAACACACAUGUAGAUAAGGACAAGAAUAUAAACACACAUGUAGAUAAGGGCAAGAAUAUAAACACACAUGUUGAUAAGGGCAAGAAUAUAAACACACAUGUAGAUAAGGACAAGAAUAUAAACACACAUGUAGAUAAGGGCAAGAAUAUAAACACACAUGUAGAUAAGGACAAGAAUUUUUACACACAUGUAGAUAAGAGCAAGAAUAUAAACACACAUGUAGAUAAGGACAAGAAUAUAAACACACAUGUAGAUAAGGACAAGAAUAUAAGCACACAUGUAGAUAAGGACAAGAAUAUAAACACACAUGUAGAUAAGGGCAAGAAUAUAAACACACAUGUAGAUAAGGACAAGAAUAUAAACACACAUGUAGAUAAGGACAAGAAUAUAAACACACAUGUAGAUAACGACAAGAAUAUAAACACACAUGUAGAUAAGGACAAGAAUAUAAACACACAUGUAGAUAAGGACAAGAAUAUAAACACACAUGUAGAUAAGGACAAGAAUAUAAACACACAUGUAGAUAAGGACAAGAAUAUAAACACACAUGUAGAUAAGGACAAGAAUAUAAACACACAUGUAGAUAAGAACAGGAAUAUAAACACACAUGUAGAUAAGGACAAGAAUAUAAACACACAUGUAGAUAAGGUCAAGAAUAUAAACACACAUGUAGAUAAGGUCAAGAAUAUAAACACACAUGUAGAUAAGGUCAAGAAUAUAAACACACAUGUAGAUAAGGUCAAGAAUAUAAACACAUAUGUAGAUAAAGACAAGAAUAUAAACACACAUGUAGAUAAGGACAAGAAUAUAAACACACAUGUAGAUAAGGACAAGAAUAUAAACACACAUGUAGAUAAGGACAAGAAUAUAAACACACAUGUAGAUAAGGACAAGAAUAUAAACACACAUGUAGAUAAACACACCCUCAUAAACACCAACACACACACAAUAUGUACUUGUCACUUCGGGUACAUUCCGGUGGACUUUAGAGGAAAUAAUAAACUUGGACUUGAAGCUAUAUACAAAUAUUCAUAUAAAAGUGCCAUCAAGGGAGGACAAUGUUUGGUGCUCUUUAUGCUGCCAUCAAUACCAAUGUGUUGCCACACAUACUUUUUGACUCCUGCAUAA